AUGGAGCACAUCAAUAUUGUCACAGGACACGAGAUCGCGGUGGGCUCCAGAAGUGACGAGGUAUUCCUAGUUAUGGAGUACGUGCCUAAUGAAAUUAACAGUUUAAUGCACACAAUGCGUAACAACAGGGUAACGAUUGACCCCGAACACGUAAAGUGCCUAAUGGUACAACUGCUGACCGCUAUUCAAUAUCUCCACCACAGCAGUGUAUUUCACCGCGAUCUCAACACAUCCAAUAUUCUACUUACCGAAGAUGGUAUACUGAAGGUGGCAGAUUUUGGUCAACAAGAUACGCCAGAUAUAGUUACACGCCGGUACCGCGCGCCAGAACUACUACUGCUACUACUUAGCAAAACAUACGGCACUCCUAUACACAUGCGGAAUGUCGGGUGUAUAUUUGGAGAUUCUGAUAAAAUCACAAAUAAAAUUAACAGAUCAAUCAGAAACACCAGAUACUGA